GCGAUGCGAUGCUAUGCUGUUUAUGUAAUUAAAUGCAUUCGAAUUUCUCCGGAGGCUUGCUUUUGGUGUGAGUGUGGGGGUGGGCUCGUCCAGACUAGUCAACUUCAACCAACCCAAGCCAGAACUGGGAGACAGCCAUCUCUCCUCCUCCUUCGACCAACCAACCAACCAAGCAGCAAAACCCAGGAACACCCUUUAAAAGGCUCGGCUUCCUCGCGGUGGCCGCUGAUGAACCUGCUCCACCACCAGACUCAAAACUAUCACCUUCAAAACCAUCUUCAAAACCAUCCUCAAAACCCUCAAAACCUUCAAAACCACCUUCAAAACCCAAAAACAAUAACCAAAUCCUCAAAUGAACCAACCACUACACUAUCCACCCUCAUCAUCAUCAUCAACCCAUCACCAUCAUCAUCAACAGCAUCAGCAACAGCAACAGCAGCACUCAUUCGAACUAGAAACUAGUAAUCAUAAUAACCUGCAUCAUGAAGACUUCAAACCCUCCUCGCUGGAUUCAAAGACUUCAUUCAGAUACAAAACUUACCAGACUGCAUUCGGGCCCCUCUCUCUCAAUAAAUUCCUGCGGAAAGAGUGGAUCAAAUACUACGUCUUGUUGGUCCUGAUCCUCAUCGGGAUCGGUGUUGUUGCCAUUUAUCACCACCAGAUCGUGAUUGCCUUGCACCCGUUUGUCCAGUCGAUGCGCAACCUGAAAGUGAAUGGGGUCGAGGUAGGCUGGCUGAUCCCGGUGGGCGUAUUAUUCAUCAUCUCGUUCCCGCCGCUGUUUGGCCACGAAAUUGUGAUUAUAUUGUGUGGACUAGUGUGGGGCCUCUGGCUGGGCUUCGCGAUCGUGUCGCUGGGCACGUUGCUCGGAGAACUGGCGAACUAUUGGACGUUCAAAUAUCUGUGCUCGCAUCGGGCGGCCAAGCUGGAGAAGAAGGACGUCAACUAUGCGUGCAUGUGUGUGGUGAUCCGGGAGGGCGGCUUUUGGAUUGCGUUUCUGGCGAGAUUGUCGGCCAUUCCGGGCCAUCUAGUCACCCCCGUAUUCGCGACGACGGGGAUGUCGUUGACGAUCUUCACGGCGGCGACGGUGAUCUCGAUGCCGAAGCAACUGGCGGGGGUAUAUCUGGGCACCCUCUUCACCGACUCAUCCUCUAAAGAUAACAACAAUCAAGAUGAAGGUUCGGGAACGGGAGGGACUGGGGAAGGCGGAGGGGGCUCGACCGCCGUCAAAUACUCCGUCCUCGCCGUCUCCUUCCUCGUCACCAUCGUUGCCGCGCUCUACAUCUACAAGAAAAUGGCGCUCGCCAGAACCAGACUGUUUCCCGACGACCAACUGCCGAUCGUCAGCCGGCCGUCGACGGCCAAUCCUCCUCCUCUUGCUCCCUCUUCCGUUGGUGCGACCGCUGGGGGAACGAGCGAUCGGGCGGGGACGGAUACCAGGUCGUAUGAGCAUGCGCCUUCGUUAGCUUUCCUCGACACAUCCUCCUCUUACCUCAACGGAUGCCCACCACCUCCUCCUACGAAUCCUCCUCCUCCUCGUCUACAGAUCUGAGGGCGGACGGGCCAUUAGCCAUCAGCCCCACCCUCUCCUCCGACGACCCUUCCAAUCCGUUCACCUCCCACCACCACCAUCAGCAGCAGCUUUUCCCCAGCUCGUUUCCGAGCUCUCCCCAGGACGAGGUCGAGGAAGAAGACCUGCAUUCUUCCGCCGCUUGGGCCCCGAUCCCGCUCGCCAACCCCCACCAGAUCCUCCACACUCACUCCCGCAAUCCGUCCGAUAAUAGGAAUCCUUUCGUCGACCCCCCCUAUAUCCCGAUCGUCUCCUCCUCCGCCUCUUCCCCUCUUCCUCUUCCUGAUUCUGCUGAAACUGGGCCUCCCUCCUAUUCGGCUCGUCCGCCCGACUCUAUCCCUUACUCUAUCCCCCAUCGGAAUCGCAACUUCUGAUCCCACCCUUAUCCCUAUUUUUUUCUUUCUUCUUGGCCUUCUCACUUUUCAUAUUUAUCUGUCUUAUGUAUAUAUACAUUGUAUAUGGUCGGGUCGGCUUCUGCUCUGGUUGUUGUUGUUGAUUUUUUUUAAAAAAAAAAAACUCACACAUUCAUCUUAUUUUUUUAAUGAUUCAUCUGUCCCGGUAUUAUUAUUAUUCAUUUAUUUAUGGUGGUCUUUCAUUUCUUACUUGACAACAACAACAACAACAAAAAAUCUAAUCUAUACUUGUUUUGUUCUUCAUAAAAACCCACCACCAC